UUGGAGUUCCUAAAAUUGAUUUCUGAUAAGAAAAUCAACCCCACCAAUGGAUCUAGAAUUGAGACUCAAGAUCACCCAGACCAUGGAUGAUCAUGUUUCUUCUGCCAACUUUCGGAUUGCCAAAGACAAUUCCGAUCCUCUUUUCGUAUCGAAAGAAACCGAAACUACCUUCGUCCUCACUGGUCAUCUCAAAGGUUAUAGAAGACAGCAUAUUGAAAUUGACAUAAAUGAAGAUGGGACUCAGAUUGCCAUUAGUGGGAAAAAGCCAGUUCAAGAGAAGGUGAUGAUAAGACGGAUAAUGUACAAGAAAGAGGUGGAGAUAGGGAGUUUCAGAAAAGUCUUUCGGAUUCCGGAUGGAGUGGUUUUGGAUCGAAUCAAGGCCAAGUUUAAGGAACACGAAUCAACUCUCACCAUCGUCAUGCCAAAAUCGGAGAAAGGUAUUCGAGAGGUUGGGAUUGAGGAAGUGAAAGAUGAUGGGGUGGAUAAAGGACUAGAAACACAGCAGAUGGCACAACCUGCAGCUGAAGAGGUUCCUGAAAAAAAUGGUUCUAGGGGGAAAGUUGAGGUAGAAUUUGUUGAGGCUGAGGAAAAGAAAAUGGAAGAAAAUCGUCAGAUCAAGGGAAAAGAAGUUGAUGAAGAGGUGUCCAAGAAAGAAACUGUAGCUGAUGGAGUUCUUGGGAAGGACAUGGGUGGGGGGAAAAAUCAGGAAGAAGCUAGAGCUUCGAAGAUACAGAGUAUGCAAGAGACAGAAAAGUCUGUAUCGAGAAAUAGAGAAGAGCCAAAAAAGGCAAGGAUUGCGAAGAUUGAAGAAGCUGAUGGUGUUGAGAAAGAGACGGUUGCUAGAAAGGAAUUAGGCACUGAACAAAUUGUAACUGAUUAUAAGGUGCCAAAGACUGAGGAUGCUAAAGAGACAAUGAAGGAAGAUACAGGCACUCAAGUAAGUCAAGAAGUUGCUAAGCCAUCGCAAGAAACUCAGGCAACCAUACAUCACACUGAACAGAAGGGUUCUGAGCUCCCCAAAUUGGAAGAACAGGUGCAGAAGCAGAGAAGUCCAGAAGCUGAUCAAAGCGAAAAGCGAAAUGCGGGGCUGGAGGAUGACAUUCGUAGUAGACGAGAGAGCAGUGACUCAUCAAAACCUGCAGGAGAUACAAUAACCACACAACAAGAAGCUCAAGCUCAACAGAUAGAGACUACAGAUGGAAUUAGUACAGAAGGAGAUGUUGCUCAGCUGCAAAAGCAAGAACCCAUCAAAGAAGGUCCUGCUAGCAAUCAGUUACCUGUCAAAGGAGAAGGAAGCCAUGGAAAUGAAAUUCAAGAAGCAGGAACCAAUGAAGAACACAUGAAAGAGGAGGAAGUUGAGAAAUCAAGUGAUGAUCUAGAGAAGACACCGCCUUGUUUGGAAAAAUCUAAUCUGCUGUGCUCUCCAUUCAUCAUUGCAGGUUCAGCACUAAUUGUUUCCCUAGUCAUGGUAGCAAUUAACAGGAUUAGAACUAGAAAAAGAUAGCUUCUGUGUUUCAGAGCUCCCUCUCUCCCUCUCUUGUAUAUUCAACUUUACC